AUGGCUCCUUCCUCCUCAUCUUCUCCCUCUUCUUCCUCCAAAUCCCCUCCCCCCCCUCUCCCUCACCACUCCCCACAUUUCACCCCCAUUCAAGAAUGUGAAAGAGAAGAGCAACUUUCAAACCACAGCGAUGGAGUGACGUAUAAGCACCACCCAACACCUCUUCAUCAUCCAAGUGACAAAAUCUACAAAUCUAGCACCAAGAAACGGCACGAGUCUUGUGAAGAAGAAGAUGGUUCUUCUGUUUCUUGCAACAAGUGCAGGCCACACUCUCGUGAUCAGAAGAUUUCUGUGGUUCCUUUAGAUAACGGAAACACCAAUGCUAGUACUGUAAACAAAAGCUCAUCCUUCAUUGCUAGCCCAAAUGCUAUCUUCAAAUCAAUUUUUCAAUCUUUAGGAAGAAAGAGUCCGAAAUCAAAGAACAUGUCGAUUGCCAGAGAGGAGCAAUGGAAAAUCGCUGUCGCAGAGCUUUCAAAUAAGCUCAUUCAAGCUACAAGAAAGAGAGAUGAAGCAUUGUCGGAAGCUUCCAGACUCAAGUACUCAAUGGCUGAGCUAGAGAAGAAGCUUAACAAGCUUGAAGUUUAUUGCCACAAUUUGAAGUCUGGACUCGAAGAAUGUAGCGGCAAUUCGCCCUAUAAAUUUGAAAAGAGUUGCAACAGUACUAUCCAUAAAAUUAAGAAUCACGAUUUCCUGGUUGGUAAUGGUAAAGUUACAGAGCAAUUCUUGCUUUUUGUAUCUGAAGCUCGCUCGACAGUUCGGCUUUUUAGCAGAUCGCUUACUAUGCUACUUAGGCACAUGGGAACAAAAACGUACGAGAGAAUAUCAGUGCUUCUUCAACCUUAUGAUAUAAGGAUUUCCUUCUCUAAGAACCCAAAGAGUCUGGUUUUUCAUCUUGAAGCUUUGAUGAAUAAAGCCUUUUUUGAAGAUUUUGAAUCAACUGGGUUUCAAAAAAAUGCUAUAAAUCAAAUCCUGAACCCGAUAGAUCGGAGUGAAGCUAAUUUUGCGUCGUUUCAUGUUCUAAAAGAGUUGACAUGGGAGGAGGUUUUGAGUAAGGGGACAAGGCAUUUCAGUGAGGAUUUCAGUAGGUUUUGUGACAGGAAAAUGAGCGAUAUUGUGUCCAUGUUGGGGUGGAAUAGAGCUUGGCCUGAGUCAUUAUUGCAGGCUUUCUUUAAUGCAUCAAAAAGUGUGUGGUUAGUGCACCUUUUGGCCAACUCAGUUCACCCGGGGUUGCCAAUCUUCAGGGUGGAUAAAGGGGUGAGGUUCGAUUCUGUUUACAUGGAGGAUAUGGGUGGAGAUAGGGCCUCGAAAUUGGUUCCAAACUUGGUUCGGAUCAUGGUUGCACCUGGGUUCUAUGUCUAUGGCAACGUGGUCAAGUGCAAGGUACUAUGCAGGUACAACAAUAACAAUAAUAGUGUUAGUAAUGAUAAGGGUUUUACCUUAUCUCCUUAGAGUUUGAUUUAUUCUAGAAUUGUUAAGUUGAAAAUUUUCCUUUGUUUAGACAUACUUUUUGCUGCGAAUGUUAUUUGUUCAUCAAGGUGGAUAAUGUGUAAUGACUCCUCAUUGGUGCUAUGACUGGGGUUGCUGGGUUAGUGUUGGGGACUUUUGGGUCAAAGUAAAGAAUUGGCAUUUUAUUGU